AAUUAUGGUUUAACAUAAAAAAUAACCUCUUCAAUGCCAAUUUUCAUUAUGACUGUAAAAUAUACCUUAUAAUAUAUUUUAUUAUUGCUUUUCAAUUCUGUUUUCCUGAUCUGCACUUUGCCUUAAUGCUACCUUCUCUGCCUCAUGCACAGCAAUCCACAUAGAAAGAGAGACUACCAGCAGACGACCAGAGGAAGAGAAUGAGAGAAGAAAAUGUGUGUGUGUGUGUGUGUGUGUGUGGAAGGGGGGGUUGGUGAGGGGGAGUGGCGCGGAAGCUGCAGGCAUCACUGAGCACAAUACAGUGAGAGUGAAACGAAAGGCAGCAGCAGUAUAACAAAUAGCUCCCCCCCCAGCACAGAUAGGAAGAUAGAGACGCAGUAUAAGGAGAAACACAUUGCCAAGACAGAGAGGGAGAAGAGCUUGUUUCUUUUUUUCCUUGCUUUUACUCAGACAUUGCCGGCCGUGACUUGCAUUGGGAGGAAAGAGAGGAAGGGGUUGAGUGACAGAGUUUGACAGAGAAAGAGAGAGUGGAGUGAAGAUUGUAAUCCUCUUGGCAUGCAAGUGUGUGUCUGGCCGAUUGGCGCUGUGUGCAGUUGGAGCGAGUGCACGGGGCAGAGUUGUCUUGGUGGCAUCAGGACAUUUUGGUCGGGAAUGUGGUGCAGCUAACCCGGGCGACCAGGAAGGAAGGGACACCUCUCAUCAUGCUGGGGAAGGAUUACAUGCUUGCUAUCAUCAUAGUUAAUUAUGACGACAACAUCUGGGAUGACCCGAGCCUUGACCUGGACUCUGACCUGCCGUCGGGUUGGCGCACCAUCCGGGACACCACUGGAACCUACUACUGGCAUGUGCCAACCGGCACAACCCAAUGGCAGCACCCGUCGUACGGCAAUGAGGAGGACCAGAAUGCCAUCAGUGGAAUCCCAGCCAGGGACAUCAAGAGCCUGGAGGCUGGUAGCAGACGUGAAACAAGGCCAAGGCUGACAGAGAAUCCGAUGGCCUCCAUAAAUGACAGGGUCUCCUGGCAGGACGAUUAUUUCUGCACCAGCAUGGAUCCUGACUCCAAGUGUUUUGCUGUGCGCUCUCUGGGCUGGGUGGAGAUCCCAGAGGAGGAGCUGGCUCCAGGGAAGAGCAGUCUGGCAGUCAAUAACUGCAUCCAGCAGCUGUCCAGCAGCAAGGCGGAGGCCCGAGAUGCCCUGGGUGCUUGGGGAGAGGGCCAGGACAUGAUGAUGGUACUGAAGAAGGACACCCUUAGCCUGAUGGACCCAGUGGACCGCAGCCUUGUCCACUGCCAGCCCAUCAUCAACAUCCGCGUGUGGGGCGUGGGCUGCAACAACGGCAGAGACAGAGACUUUGCCUUUGUGGCUAGUGACAAAGACACAUGUAUGCUGAAGUGCCAUGUGUUUCGCUGCAGCGCCCCGGCAAAAACAAUCGCCACAGCUUUACACGAAAUGUGCUCAAAGAUCUUGGAGGAGAAGACCACUGGAAGCCCAUCUAUGGCCCGCUCCCUCACCAUGGAGAGUAUCUCCCCAGAGGACCUGCCACGUCAAGUGGACUUUCUGGAUGCAAUGAAGCAAACAGUGCAGAAGUUUGAGGUGCAAUACAUUGGAAACCUGCCUGUCUCCAGGGCAAUGGGAAUGGAGGUGCUGAACAGGGCCAUAGAGAGCAUCAUGAACACAUCCGACAGCGACGAGUGGGAACCCAUCGUCAUCCACAUCUCUGAUACCGUGCUUUCGCUCUGGAAAGGAGAGGACAGAGAUGAUCCUUUCUGGGAAUGUCAAGUGCGUUACUUGACAUUUUUGGGGGUGGGCCAUGACACACACACCUUUGCCGUGAUUGUGGACGGCGGGACGCAGCGGUUUGAGUGUCACGUGUUCUGGUGCGAGCCAGACGCUGGGGUCCUCUCUGAAGCUGUGCAGGCUGCGUGCAUGGUCCAGUACCAAAAGUGCUUAGUGGCCCAGACUCCGCCGCCCAGGUCCAAAAUGUGGCGGGCAGGUUCCAAGGUGAAGCGCGCCAAUUCCAUGGAUGGCUUCACUUUCACGGCUCCCUGUCACCAAGGACUUUCCCCCCCGAAGACAGGCUCCACCACCGCCAAGAAGGGCAUGCUGGCAUUUUUCGAGACUUUCAGAAAUAAACAGUCAGCAGUUUCCACACCCUAACAACCAUAGAGGGAGCGAGGAAUGGAGGCAAGGGCAGAAGGAGUUGUAAAGAGGCGUGAAACACAUAUGUAACGACAGAUGUAUAAUCAGACAUUAGAACGUGACGUGUGAUGGACAGCUGAGCUUAGAUUGUAUUAUGCCAGGCAGGGAUGGCCAAAAUUAUUUUAGACAAAUCACACUGGCGGCGCUUCUGUGGGUAUACAACAUAUCUCAACUACGCUGGUUUGUGGUACAGUUUUAGAAAAGAACACUGAGGUGCUGUACUUGGACAUUCCAUACCUUUCUUGUCAAGGAAUAUAUGAAGUCAUUAGGAUAUACUAGACUUGUACUUAUAGGGUGAAAUGACAUCCAAAACAAAAUAGCGAGCCCCACUUCUAAGUGCAACAUACAGUAGCAAAAAAUGUUGUGCAAUAAUUGACAAUUCUUACCUGGAACUGAACAUCAGCAAAGUGUAACAGUGACAUUAUUCUGGUACAAUAAAUGUAGCUGCAUAGGUUGUAUUAACUACUUCUACUGUUCUUUCUGUUAAGUCUAAAAUGAUAUUUAACUUCUGAUCUAGAAUUAAUCACAGUGUCUCAACAUAUAGUAUAUACUACUUCUGAUAAUUGAUCAAAAAUACCUUUCAGUCCUCCUAAUGUGAGAUUGUGCAUCAUGGAUUGUGCAUCACUUUAUUCUGCCAAUAUUAUAUGUUUCAGUUUCAAAUUAGACAUGGCUAAAUUGAAAAGCAGACCAAUGAACAAAUUAAGUCCAACUAGAUGUUGGCUUCGUUUUAAGCUUUCUUUUAUGAUACAGCAUACUCAGAUUUAUUCUUAAGCCAGGAACCAGGAAUGAUGCCAGUAAUAAAAUGGCCGGCUCAUUUGAGAGGAAAUUAAGGUGUUUUAAGGUAAGAUUCUGUUCUGUUAAACAGAAUACGGUACAACACAAAAACUUUGAAAGUGAAUCAAGAUCAAGAACAAAAAAAAUCAAGAACAAAAGUCUUGAUUUUGAAAUAUAUGGAGACUGUGUUAUUUGAAUCUGUUAUUUUGCUUGAUGGCCCUGACGCUCUACAGAAGCACUGCAUGCGUUCGCACCCCCUCUGGAAUGAAAGGCUUUGCUCAGGUACUUUACAUGCUGUCAGUGAUGAAAACAAAACUCUCAAAAGCAAAAGUAAAAAUGUGUAAAUUACUUACUAAAGUUUAAAUGCAACCAGCCACCACAAUGAAAACCUGUGUUUGAAUGUUCCUGUUGGAGAACAUCUUUACUUGAACAAAUGUACCCUGGAUUGAUAUACUUUACAUGUAUAUCAGAUCAUUUCUAUGAUUCCUCCCAAAAUGUAAAUGUAUUUACACUGCAUAAAAUGAAAUAUCUAAAAGGCUUAACAACAGAUCAGGGCAUGCUGAAAUUCAAAGUCAUUAGCGAUAUUAGACUUGGGCACACAAAUAGAAUGGCACUUCAGAGAGGGCAUGCUAAAUACUACUGAUAUGCAUCUGCUCUUCCUCCCCGAUUCGUAAUAUGUUUUAUGAACUAAAACAACUCAGGUCUCCUCAUUAAUCAAAGGAUCAUGUCAAAGUCGGAAAAAUGAAAAGUCAGAGCUUUGCUGUAAAAGAACAUAGACUGAGAAGUUACAUCCUUACUAUCCAGGAGAAUUUGUUAAAGGUAAUGUCAUAAAAUGGUCAUGUAGCACCUUGAGAUUUUUUUCCUGCUAUUUAUACUACUAGUAAAUAAAUGUCUCUCUAUAUUUGCAGUACUUUAGCACAAAAUAAAAUAGGAUGUCAUGUAAAGGCAGUUUUUUAAAAUUGUUAAUAUAUUGCACAGCUGUACCUAAAUAGGUCCACAUUGUGGUGGUCUAUGCUGGAAUAAUAAAUUGCUUGGAAAUCCUCUU